AUGGCAAAUUCGUACUGGUUGAUAGAGGCCGUGGAGCAUUAUGAGGGACUUGACAAUGUGAAGCGAAGAGUGGAACAAGCUGUUCGAUCGAAAGCAAAAAAGAAGCAGCUGUUAAGCAUAAACGACAAAGCUCUUUUGAACAAGCCAGCGGAUGAACGCACAGACGAGGAGAAAAAAUAUAUAUUUCGGAUAAUUGGAGGUUUGAAGUGUUUCAAGCGUUAUCCUAAUCACGUGAAGAAGAAACUGGCCGCAGUAACUUACUACAAGUACUACGGGCCGGGGCGCCCGAUCGUCCGUCAGCACCACGACGCGCACGCAAUGUACUUCAUCGUGAACGGCGACGUCGUGGUCAGCCAGAUGGUAUACGACGAGCUGCUGCAGAAGCACGUGUCGGUGGACGUCGGCUCUAUGCACCAGGGGGAGAUGUUCGGCGAGGUGUCCCUGCUGCACAACAUCAAGCGAACUGCGACGGUCACGACGGCCGGUCACUGCGAAUUAUUGGUACUGAUGAAGGACGACUUCAAGAACGUUCUCCAGGCUUCCAUACAGAAGCAGUGGGACGAGGUGCGACGCGCUAUGUCCGCCUUUACCUACUUCGACGGGCUAGACGAGGUUGCACGCCGCGAAGGUUGCAUUGUCGCGAAAAUGAAAUCAUACGAAACCAACGAGACCGUGCUGGGCGACGGCGUGGGCGUGCCGAACUUCGUGUAUUUCGUCCUAUCGGGACGCUGUCAGAUGAUCGAGUCAAUACAAGUGACCGUCACCUCGCGUCUCGGCCGCAACUACUACACGCUGUACGAUCCCUACGUCCCGAGAGAGGAGAGCGAGCAAGACCUGGACACGAAGUACUUCGGCGCAUACGGGAAGGCCGACCGGAGCAGCGUCGCUAAGCGCGGAAGCUCUGACGGAGAGCAGACGGCGUUAAAGCGGCCAACGAACGAGACCAGCGUUGGCAGCGCGAGACAACAGAGCGUGCUGAAGAACAGGUCCAGCGUUUCGAGGCCGGAGGGCGCGCACGCCUCCUUCGAGGGCAAAGAGGGCCCGAGCUCCGUGUCGGCGGCGAGGUCGCAGGACCUCCUGGAGCCCUCCGAAGGCCAGAUGCGAGAGUCUGUCAGGAUGAGCUUGGUACCCGAGGUGAUUCAGCCGCCACAGAACCUUCGCACUUACUUCAUGCAGGUGUGCCAAUUCAACCCCGGCUCCAGUUUCGGCUUCGGCGAGAACAUGCGCGAUAGGAGGAUCAUUGCCCUCACCCCCGUCGACUGCAUGCUCAUGCCCAAGAUAUGGCUGCUGCAGAGGAACACUGCGAACAUCUGGUCACGGAUCCAGCACUACCUGGAAAAGAAGAUACCGUCGAAGAGGCAGCUGUUCAAGGAGUUUGUGUCGGCGCGACGCUGGCAAGAGUUCCGUGACCGGACCGUCGCCGACGUGGUCUCUCGUACUAACACCGUCAACUGGACAACGGUACACGAUGUGCCGUAUUCGAUACGAAUGGAGGAAAUGCUCGACAUA